AUUCGCAUACUCAUACACUCAUGUAUUUACGUUUGUAAUGCAGCACGCAUAAAAAUUUACUGAAUAAAUUUUAAGUUAUGCGCCAAUUGUUUGCUUUUAUUAUCGCUCGAUAAGUUUUUAUUUAUUUAGCUAUCGAUAAAUAGUUCAGCGUAGUCGCGUUUUACAGCACUGCUUCUGCAUUCAUAUUGUCUUCGUUUACGAGUGUCGUAUUUUGCAUUUUCAUUCAUGUUAUCAUCGUUGUUGUGUCCGGUUGUGCAGCGGAGUAAAGCUGUGAAUUGUCUCAUUUCAAAACAAAUUUUCCUCGCGGACUAUGCAACAAUUAUCAUAACAUAAAACUGUGCGUUAGAAUUGUGAAAGUCAGUGUGUGUGUGUGUGCGAGUGUGUGUUUCUUAGCUUUUUAGGGAAUAACAAAGCCAAUGCCAUGCAAAACCAGAUGAAUUGCGCAUUGUUGUUUUUGGCGUCGGUCUUGUUGUUUUUGCAAGGAGCUAGUACCAGUGCAGCAGAUGCCGAUGUUGCUGCACCCGCCGAAGUUGUUGCAGCUGCACCAGCGCAGCCCAACUUAAAUGAUAAAAUCAAAGUCUUCACCGUGGCCACAGAGCCAACUGAUGGAUAUCGCCGUUUUAUACGAUCUGCUCAUGUUUACGACAUUGAGGUGACCACUCUUGGCAUGGGCGAAGAAUGGCAAGGUGGCGACAUGAAAGGCGUGGGCGGCGGUUACAAAAUCAAUUUGCUGCGUAAGGCUGUCGAGGAACUCAAGGAUGCUCAGGACACCCUAAUACUAUUUACGGACAGCUACGAUGUCAUCUUUACAGCUCCACUUGAGGAGAUCCUCGAAAAGUUCAAUGAAUCUGGUGCUAAGUUGCUGUUCUCGGCAGAGAAAUACUGCUGGCCCGACAAGAGCCUUGCAGACCGUUAUCCCGAGGUGGAGGGCAAGGCGUCGCGUUACUUGAACUCGGGCGCCUUCAUUGGCUAUGCGCCACAGGUGAUUGAGCUGCUGAAAGAGGACAUCGAGGAUACAGGCGAUGAUCAGUUGUACUACACGAAAGUCUUUCUGGAUGAGGCAAAGCGGACCAAGCUGAACAUCAAGCUGGAUACGCAGUCGCGUCUGUUCCAAAAUCUGAAUGGUGCCAACAACGAUGUAAAGCUCGAGGUGGAUCUGGACUCGAACCGGGGCACCUUGCAGAAUAUUGAUUUCCUGACCACACCCGCCAUUAUCCAUGGCAAUGGACCGAGCAAAGUCAAUUUGAAUGCCUAUGGCAACUAUCUGGCCAAGACCUUCAGUGGCGUCUGCACCUUCUGCCAGGAGUAUCCGCUAGAGUUGAAUGAACAAGAACUGCCUGUCAUUACGCUAGCUGUUGUGGUGAAUCAAGCUGUGCCUUUCCUUGAUAUGUUCCUUGCUGGCAUUGAGAAGCUGAACUAUCCUAAGAAAUCGUUGCAUCUCUUCAUGUUCAGCAACGUUGAGCUGCACGAUGAACUUGUGAAGUCCUAUGUGGAGAACCAGGGCAAGAGCUAUGCCAGCGUUAAGCAUAUCCUAUCUACAGAUGGAUUGAGCGAGAGUCUAGGCAGGCAGUUGGCACUCGACAAGGCAAGGCAAAAGCACAGCGACUACAUAUUCUAUGUGGACGGCGAUGCCCACAUCGAAGACAGCGAAGUGCUGCGUGAGCUGCUUAGAAUGAACAAACAAUUUGUGGCGCCGGUGUUCUCCAAGUAUCACGAGUUGUGGAGCAACUUUUGGGGCGCGCUCUCCGAGACGGGCUACUAUGCACGCUCCCAUGACUACGUGGACAUUGUCAAGCGGAAUCUAAUCGGCAUGUUCAAUGUGCCACAUGUGACGACAAUUUAUCUGAUCAAGCACAGCGCCUUCGAUGCCAUCAAAUUUGAGCACAAGGAAUUCGACCCUGACAUGGCCAUGUCCGCAUCUUUAAGAGAAGCGGGCGUCUUCAUGUACGUCAGCAAUCAGCGUUAUCACGGACAUCUGAUCAAUGCGGACAACUUUAAUACGACCGUAGCACGUCCCGAUUUCUAUACACUGUUUAGCAAUCGCUAUGACUGGGCCUUGAAGUACAUACAUCCCAAUUAUUCGGCGCAGCUGAACGAGAGCAUGGUCAUUCCACAGCCCUGCCCGGAUGUCUAUUGGUUCCAGAUUGUGAGCGAUGCCUUCUGCGACGAUUUGGUGGCCAUUUUGGAAGCGUAUGGCAAAUGGUCCGAUGGCAGCAAUAACGACAAUCGAUUGGAGGGUGGCUACGAAGCGGUGCCCACACGUGAUAUUCACAUGCGACAAGUGGGACUCGACUCGCUCUACCUGAAGUUCUUGCAAAUGUUUGUGCGCCCGUUGCAGGAGCGCGUCUUCAUGGGGUAUUUCCAUGAUCCUCCACGAUCACUGAUGAACUUCAUGGUGCGCUAUAAGCCCGAUGAGCAGCCUUCCCUGCGCCCACAUCAUGACUCCUCGACCUACACAAUCAACAUCGCCAUGAAUCGGGCGGGCAUUGACUACGAAGGCGGUGGCUGUCGCUUUUUGAGAUACAAUUGCUCUGUUACGGAGACGAAGAAGGGCUGGAUGUUAAUGCAUCCGGGUCGCUUGACUCACUUCCAUGAGGGCCUGCUGGUAACCAAAGGCACACGCUAUAUUAUGAUUUCGUUCAUCGAUCCGUAGGCGUUGCCCAGUCAAACUACUUUAUGAACUGCCAUGAAAAGGCCACUCCAAAGAAUUUAUAGUUAGUUUAAAGUAAGCAACUCGAAUCAAAUCUAGUUUAGUCUUGGAAUGUGGUCCAUUAUAUUGCCUUAGUUUGUCAUUCGUUUGCCAAACAUCCUGACUAAACACAAAGUUUGUCUUCGUAAUUCCAGGGUCUGACACAAAACUUUAUUAAGCCUUAAGUUUAAUCUAAUUUUUUCGAAUCGUGUUCAAUUAUCUAAGCAAAUACAACAAAAAGAUGUACGCAA